AUGACUCUGACGCAGACCUCGGUGUCCUCAAGGACAAGACUAUCGUCUUUUUCGGGGUGCAGCUCAGCGCAGAAUUUGAGAGAUUCUGGCAUUCCUAAUGAGCGAAUCAUCAUCGCCAACCGAGAAGAUCACUACGCUGAAGAUGCGAAGUCAAAGGGCUUCAUAGUCGAACACGACUUCAACAAAGCGGGCGAGGUUGCAGACGUCCUUUUCCUUCUCAUCCCUGAUCAGGUUCAACCUCGCGUGUUCAAUGCCGUUGCACCAAAGCUCAAGGAUUCAGUUGCAAUCGUUGUCGCUAGCGGGUACAAUGUCUUCUACAAAUUGCUCCAUUUCAGACCAACUCAGGACAUCACUAUGGUCGCCCCGAGGAUGAUUGGCUCUUCCGUACGCACACUAUACCAGAAAGGUCGAGGCUUCCCCUGCUUUGUCUCUGUGGAGCAGGAUGGUACAGGUAAAGGCCUGGAAGUUGCGCUGGCACUGUCUCGCGCCAUUGGUGCUACCAAGACAGGCGCGAUCGCAUCGUCUGUUCGUGAAGAGACCGCCAUGGACUUGUUCGCUGAGCAAGGUCUCUGGCCGAACAUCAUAAUGCUCUUCAGAGAAGCGUACAGCGUCUUGAAGGAAGCAGGAUGCUCUGACGAGGCCCUGGUUUAUGAAAUGUGGAUGUCCAAAGAACCCGCGGAGAUCUUUGAAGCAGCUGCAGAGGAGGGGUUCAUCACGCAGGUACUGAGGCCAUCAACACGCCAAAGUUAUUUGCAGGAAGCUCAUUGA